AUGUCGAAAGUAAACAUGGACCAUCUACAGCAGCAGGAGGACGCGGGUGUAGGAGAGGAUUCCUCCUCUUUGCCUCCCGUCCGCUCCACUCGGCCGCCCGUCCAGAGGAGCAGCGUCUGUUCUCGGGCAUACUUCGUCGUGGUGAUGGUCUUCUUUCACGUCUACAUACUGAAUGUCAUCGCCCUGUUGAUGUACGUGCACUACAACAAUGGCCACAGAGACCCUGUCGCUAGCGAUGAGCCUUUCUCUUCAUCUGCCAGCGAGGGAGAAAGCCCCCCCCUCCAUCCAACGCCUCCUGAAAUUGAGCUCCGAGUGGUGGGGCUAAGCCAUCAUUUCAGACUUUCUCGCACUGAGGGGAUAAGGGUGGGACAUGUUCAGCCAGUCUCGCUCGUGGCGGACAGAACGCACAAGAUGAAAACGCUCAGCCUGAAGCCUCUGUUAUUCGAGAUCCCUGGCUUCCUGUCAGAGGAGGAGUGCCGAAUGGUGGUGCAGCUGGCCCAAUUGAAGGGUCUGAUGGAAAGCCAGAUGACGGCAGGCAGCCAGUCAAACCAGCAAGAUGAGUCAAACCAGUCACUUCUUUCGCUGAGCACCGAGGAGGUCUUUAGUCUGUUGGACCUCAACCAGGAUGGGUUGUUACAGAAACAGGAGAUUGAGAGUCACUCACGCUCUCGAGAUGGGACUUGGUUGAGUCCAGACAACCUGCAUCAGAUACUCACUGGUCUGGAAGUCGGCUCAACAGGGAUGCUGAACUUGGAGGAAUUUAAGCGUGUUUACGACGUGUCCCAAAGCCCAGGACAAGAACAAAGGGAGAAGCUCUGGAGCCGUUUCAAGCAGAGAAGCAAACACACGUGGCUUUAUCAAGGCACUGGAUCCCAUCACGUGCUACAGACACUAAGGAGCCGUGUAACAAUCCUUACUCGUCUGCCUACUUCAUUGGUUGAGAUGAGCGAGCCGCUACAAGUAUUUCGUUAUGAUCUCGGAGACUUCAGCGAUGCCCAUCAUGACAGCAGCUCACACCGUGCAGAAACCACCUGCACGCACACACGACUAGCAAGAAAUGCUUCUACCUUCAAAGAGGUUUCCUGCAGAUAUCUUACUGUGUUGAUCUACCUCAGCCCUGUAGAAGAGGGUGGCGAGACGACGUUUCCUGUAGCAGACAACCGUACGUACGACGAGCAGGCACUGAUCCAAGAUGGAGUUGAUUUAACAGACACCCGGAAGACAUGUGGGCGAGGGAACCUAAAGAUAAAACCCACUGUGGGGACGGCACUCCUCUUGUACAACCAUCUCUCCGAUGGACAAGGUGUGAAUAGAAGGCCUUAG